GCUAACAGCACUUGCCCAGUCUGUUAAGACUCUACGCCGGAUAUUUUUCUAUGUAAGGGAGCGGUAGGGUAGCGGGUACGAUUCCCGCACACGGACAACACCAGUGACGAUUAUUUUAACUGGACCUCCCCUAGGUCGAGUGCAGUGUGUAAAAAAAUGAACACUGCCGAGAGAAAAGCGGACGGGCGUGGUGUGGGCCCCACCACCUGGUGUUUUUGAUGACAACACUUGCCCCAACAUUCUGUUAAAGGCUGCACGGAGGAUCUCCUUGCCUUUUAUGUGCGGGGGUCUAAUUGUCCCAGGAUAUGUAAGUGGGUUUCUUGGCCUUAGCCUGUGAAUGCCUUUGAGCAAAACGAUUCUUAGAAGGGACAUCGGAAACGUUGCAUAGACCAUGUUGAAUUCAUAACUUAGCACACGCUAUUCUGAAAAUAAUUAGUAAUGUUAGAGACCAUUAUUUAAAAGAACACAGGGUGAGAGUGAAUAGGUUUAUUUUCAAUCAAAAAUAUAAUACACAUCAUUCAAAGCAGCAACAUAAUUUGAAACAUCACCACUCCAAGUUGUUUCUUUGAUUCCUUAGAUUAGGAGUGGGAAACCUUUAUCUUACUGAGGGCUAAAUAGAGCUUUCAGAUACCUUUUGGCAGGCCACACAUUAACACACAGACGCCUCAAUCACUUCUGUUACUUCAAAAGGCCCCUUGCAGCGACAGGGACUGUGUUGCCAGAUAAAAACUACUCCCCUCUCAUACCGGUACCUGAAAUUACACAGCAUACGAGCAAAUACUCUGCGGUACAGACUUAAAAUCAACCUUGCUACAAUGUGACAUUUACUUAUGUUACUAAAUCAGCAGCAUUUCUUUCAAAUUCCUAAUACCGCUGAUGAAAUUCAGAAGGUCAAAACCCGUCCAGUGUUUGCAAGCUAAAACAAAUAGUGCUCGGUGAGAUCGGCCUGAAAAGCAGAGAAGGCCAAUGGCCUAAAAGGUUUAUUUCCCAUUCAUCUGUAGACAGGAAACACAAUUACAUUUCGAGUAUAUUCUCUUUAGACACAACAUACCACUACAACACUGGGAAUGUUGUGGUUAAAAAAAAUACAACGUAAUGAACCUAAACGUAGGUCCAGGUCACGAUCAAGCUGGAGAGACAUGUAGGGGAUUAAACAGGGAUUAGAUCCAACACCACCGCACAUUUUAUUUGUUUUGCUGUUGGCAAUAGAGGUGAUGUAUGUUUGUUGUGGAAGUGUUAACGAUGCAUUUAAUCACGUGUUUUGUUUCAGAUUGGGUGCUCAGGUGUACGUACUCUGUGUGGUUCAUUGUGGAAACAUAUAUUUCCCAGAUCCUCCUUGUUUAGUCGGUCGGCCUCUAAAAUGUACAUUAUUGGGCUCAAUAUGAUAUUCGUGAGCAGUUUAAAUAUGUGUGAGAAUAAGCCGAGGGUUCUAAAAACACUUAAAAUGAUUUUUUUUGUCCUCAAAAUUGAAAAGAACGAUUGAGCCAUCAUUCAACGAUUGAGGCACUGCAUUAAUGUGAAAAUCUUUCAUUGUUUCGAUAGCUGGUCCCACUUCUUUUAUGAUGUCCGUAGUUAUUCUACUCGGUCGAGAACAUUUUCCUUCUUCAUGCGAUGGAAAGUGGUGACUGCCAUCAUCAUCAUCCAUACGUCACAUUAUGAUACUUAAAGUUACGUAGCACUUUCCAGUACGUGUCAGUACAAUAACAAUCACAGUCGUAGUAACCUACAUUUCACCAGAUUCAUUAUUUAAUCAGGUGAAAGAACACUGCACAAUCUACUCUAUUAGGGAGAUACCUGGGGGGGGAUAUAGUCACGUGGAGUAACAGUUGCAGAAUCUUUACAUUUCUGAAAUUUGGAUGCUUGCUCUUACAAAUGUGCUCACAGUCUCUAAAUGACACACAGAUGGCAUCAAACCGGUAUAUUGUCACAGGAAUCUCUGGCUGCCUACGCAAAACGAACGGUCUGCUGAGUAAACCGACUUGGUGGAAUGCAUGUCAAUCCUUGAGAGAAGGUCACAUUGCCACGCUUCACGCAUCCUCGCUGCACAGAUUGCUUUGUGAAGCAGUUGGAUCAUGCACCUGUCACACCCUGCGCAGCGGGACCUGAUGUGACGCAUCACGUGGUACGCAGCAGCCACUGCCGCCACUGCCGCCGCUUCGUUUUGGGCUGUAAGCUCAGAGAGGACCACUCGAGAAUGUACCCCAACCACGCAGCACCCGCGCGCCAGUGUGCGGGAGAGAGCGAGGAGAUGGACUUGAAGUGAGCCGCUACAAUCCCGCACGCAGAUGUUCUCGAGGCAGGUUUAUCGAUGCGUUGAGUCAUCGACGAAUUUGCCACUCGUGCAAAUGCUGUGCUAUCGUUACAUUUAGGCAAAUGGAGCGGAGAGAAUUUUUACAAACGAGAUGGAGAAAAUUUUACAAAGCCAUACGAAUGAGAUGAUAAAAACGAGACGAGAAGCAAUUGAAUUGUGACCUGUGUCUCUUCUAAAGUAUCCAAUGGCCAGUUGCAUUCAAUUCCUUAAGUUACAUACCCCCUUUAACUUAUACCGACUUUUAUUGCAUACUAGGAUUAAUAUGACUUAAGAUAUGUGAUGCAACCCAUCACAGACCAACUCGUCUCUCCUCGGGUUUCCACUCCCCUUGGCCGAUUCCUCUCGGGGGGUCCAGACCAUUUUCAUUACUCUAAAUUUUCAGGGGAUAAAAGCCCCUUAGCUGCCCACCUUGGAGGCUCAAACCUCUUGGAUUCCUCUGUCCCAUCAGUAGUCCAGGCCCUUUGACAUUGAUAUUAGCCGCGGCUGUGAACUGAACUCAGCUAAUGGAGUUAAUAAUGCCGUGCGCAGACCUCUGUUCCUCCACCGCCACCACCAGCGGAGUGAUUAAAAUGCCUCAUUAUUAUACUCAGGAUCCAUACAUGACAUCGUAUGUUUACGAUUCAUGUAAAGUAUAUGGAAAUGGUAUGCUUAUGUUAAUCGAUAGAGCAAACACAACUGUAGAAUAAAGCAGACAAAAUAAACACAAACAAGAGAGCAAAAAGAAAACAACAAAUAUUCGGGAAGAAUCCUGAAGCUGCCCUUGGCUCAGUCAACCUUGGGAAUGAACACAGAAACCCUAAUACUCCUUGAUGUAUACCUCUGGCCCAAACUCCUGACUGUUGUCUUCUUGAAGAGGAUGACAAAAUUUCAAUCAUAAAAUGAGUCACAGCAGCUGGCUCUAAGCCCACAGCUGACACCCAUCAUCCACAUUCACUGAUAGCCACAGCAAUGUACAGCCAAAGCAACAUACAGACAGAAAUCGAGAGAUCAGAGUGAACAGCAAAUGGCCAAUUAUCCAAAUUCAGACUUGGUGAGAUUUUCCUGGACAAGUAAAUGGCAUUGCUAUGUUGUUGUGGUUGUUGUUAUUAAAGCCAACGACCAACAUUGAACAACCAACAACCUACGGCUCACAACCUGCAGAAGCAAAACUUAAUUAAGUGUAUGUUUUAGUAUUAGAUUUAAAACCAGAUUAUUCUUGUAAUUUGGAUUUUUAAGUGUUUGCUAUUAAACGUCCAAUAAUGGGAAACUGUUAUAUGCUAAUAAAACUUGAGGCUGUACCGCCACCGCAGGCACGUGAGAGAUGGCGAUGGACUGGGAAGCCCUUCAGUCAGCAUCGCUAAAAAAAUAUAUUCUACUUUCUCUAAAUGUGACUGUUCACAGGGCCCCACUUUGCCGAGUGCAACCACCGACUGUAAGUCGGUUACUGUCUCUGUUGUCUCUCUGUGUGCACACACUCUGAAUGAGGGCCGCUGUUCAAAACAUCAGCCUACCAUAAUAUAUUUUCCUUUACACGACAACAUGGGACAAAAGCAAUGCUUACAUCCAGUUGCUCACAGCUAACUCUCUUAAAACUACUUAGGCAGCAAUGCACAAACAAAAUAUUUUGAAUGACUUUACUUCACCAAUUGAACAUCUUUUGGAAUUAAACUAAAUAUAUAUCAGGUCUCAAAAUCAAUCUAUAGAGUAAGCAAUUUUGGUUAUUUUUUUAAAUAAUUAAUUGCACAUAUUAUUGACACGUAGCAUUUCCACUAUUACGUUCAGUGUUAUCAAAUACAACUCAACACGUUAACUCAAUAAUACACACAUUCGUAAAUAAUCAGAUAUUUUGCAAACGCCUCAAUUUGUUGAUAUUCAGGAAUGGAGACUUUUUAAUAACUCUGCAAAAGCCAAGGAGUUUUCUCGCAAAUCUACAAAUCGUUACAUGCACUGAUCCCUUGACAUCAAAGUGAAACAAAAUACUUGGUGAAAUUGUGUUGGCAGUGGUGCACAAUCACAAAUAAUAAUAAAAACAUUUGUCAAUAACAAUAUAUGGUCUUAAAAGUGAAAAAUGUAUAAACAAGUGAUCAUUCUGGAAAGGGCCCUUCUUCACGGCAGGUAAAUUGAAAAGCCAGAGAGAAAAUAAAAGUUGUUGGAGAUUGCACUAUACACCAUAACAAAUAUUACAUUUUCUGAAGUUUUAAGUUCACAUAUGCAGUGUUAACUCUUAGCAUUGUAGAUAUUGAGUAAAAGACAGACUCUUAAAUAACCAAACAUGUAUCCUCAACUUGUUAAAAGUAAAAUAUUCGCACUUUGAAUUGUGGCUAGCCAUGUAGUCACGUGAUAUUUUAGUUAAGAGAAGCCCAUUGCAUCGCAGUGAGUAACAGCGAGUGUGCUGUUUAAAAUGUAUUUGGUCGCACACACGAUCCACUGCUGGAUGGAGAUUUCCCCAAGCCGUCGCCUGCCAUCUCUCAGGGUGCCGUGAUGUACUAAUCCACCGAGCAUCUACAAAGUUGAUUUUGUCGCUCCCUCUCCGUGGCGGACGGUCUCUCCGGCACGUUCCAUCCCUCGGCUGCCACCAAGUCGUCAUUCACGACCACUGUACCAUCAUCUUUUCUAUGCCCCCCACCAAUUAGCCCCAUGCAUUGCAAGUUGUACAAGCUGUGUACGCUCAUGUAUUGUGGCAUUACUGCCAACCCAAUGGAAACACGCAUCAUGUGUUGCUGGUGUUGACAUUACAUACGCUAGGGGAAAAUGGGGCAUUGCAAUCAUCAUUCACUCCUCUAGCAGGAAGUCCACGGACCAAUGGCAAUAAAUGCGUCGCCCUUUACAAAUGCGACAUUAGCGAUAUUGACGACAAAUCGGUCACGGAUAAUAGAGUAAUUUGUCACUGGUUGAAUUUCGCGUAUGUAUGUAUAUCGUAUAUAUAUAUACCGUAUAUGCAUAACGAAUCGUAUCAUGUUCAUACAAUUGUGGUGACCUAGCUUUGAAACUCACUGGCAAUUGCUAUGCAAAAUUAGCCUUCGCAAAUACGACUGCAUGAAUCAUCCACAGUUAAUAGUAUCAUUUGUCACCGGUUGAACCGUAUGUGUAUACAGGAUUACACAUAUAUGUAUUAGGGUAAUGCCGCGCUUGGGGAUGCACGUACAAGUGGAAGGAUAUAGGAGGUGGGGCAAACAGAAAGCCUGGAGGGGAUAAAUACGAUGGGAAUAUACCUAGAAAACAAGGGAUUGAGAUUGAACACAGCGGUAAUGCUGGCUAAAGAAAAAUAACCGCAGAGAUUUGUUUAGCCCUAUCGUCGUUAAUGAGCUGAGAGAAGGGAAAGAUGAAGAUGAUUAGGAAUAGUCGUGUAGCGGAGAGAAUUCUACCGACCGAAACUUUUAUUCCUAGCUGUGCAACUUGCUGGCAAUUAAUACGCCAACGUCACCUUAGCAAAUAUGAUCUGCAUGAAUACUACAGUGUAUAUGACGGCAAGGCAGCCAGGCCGAACGGCAGGUUUAACAAAAUAAAUAAUUCGCAAAAUAGAGAAGCGACCGCCGUUGUGACGCUGACGCCCAUCGCGUUGGCGAGGGUCAAGCGUGGAACGUGAACCGGUGAGCUGGGUGCUUCGCCAGGGCACCCCACCGCAUGGCAGCCCGAAUCCCACCCAUUAGCACCUUCAUUAACGUCGGCGCUGCUUCACCUAAUCGAAUGGCCCGCGUGGCACGCACUCGGCACCUCGGAGGGACGCUUGGUUGCGCCGAGCCCAUUUAUAUGAUCGCGGGUGCGCGCACGCAGGCACGCGCGCGGACGGACGAGAGCGUGCUCGCUCCUGUCAUUAUUGACCUGACGUGUGUUGUUAAGGCGCCCGGGCACUCGCGCCGGCCAAGAUUGAUUGCUGUAAUGAGUGAGCACGCAUGAAGCCCUGCGGCGCUGUCGUUUCGCCCGCCUGGCGCUUUUGCGGAGGGAUGAGACCAACUCCUCCAGCGAGAGGAGCCGGAUUCGGUGGGAUUGAACCUGGGUUCAUCGAUGACACGGCUCAGGCAAUUGUUAGCACUGGGGAACAAUGACGAACAGACCGAUGCUCUGCUUGAAGCUACAGACCCUAAGGGGUUAUUGGAGAACGAACAGAAACAGGGCAGUUGACUGAUGUUUCUCAAUAGCCCACUUAGUAGGCACAUUAACGAUUAAUUGAUAAAUUACUUACAGAUUCCGUAAUUAUCUAAAUGUACACUUUUUGUCUUUCCCCCCAAAUAUUAUGCAAACUGUGCUAUCGGCAUCAUGCCAUGAGGCAAUCAUCCAUUCAGAUAUUUCUGUGUUAGAGAACAGCCGGUGGAAGCAGAUAUCACAGAGCUACGUCUCCCCUUCACGUGACCUCUGGUGCACAACGCAGAUGGUAUACUAGUCUUACAUGCAGUUUAUUAGAGACAUUAACACUGCAACAAAUUAGUCAACAACAAAAACAAAAAGAACCAAUAUAAACGACACGGUAAACCAGAGAUAGAAAAUUAAUAGAUUCUUGCUUCAACCGGAAACCCUGCAUCAUAAUUCAUUAAAAAAAAAUCGCUCGGAGUCAGAAUCAUUCCGCGCAACCGAGCAUCCCACUCCUCAUCCUGCGGACACGUUUAUGUAAAUUAGGAGGAGAGGGAUUAAACAGAGGAGAAAGUUGAUGUGCAGAGGCUUUCCGUACCCAGCAAUCAUUGCUCCCCUGGUGCUCUACAAUUUGACGGGGAUGAAUGUUUUUCAGGGACCCAGCGCUGGGCUGUGUGGUCCCAGUGAGUGUUCAAAAAACGCUUAUUUUAUAAGUAUUAUAAUUGCAGGCAAUUCUUCACAUUUGACACCGUGAGUGCCUCGCACUUUAUGCCAAUUAAACUUGCACGGAAAAUGGGCUGUCACGAGUCCAAAGCUCAAUUUUUUUGGACUGCUAUAAUUUCUUUCCCAUCUGGAGCACAGCGGGUUAAAACUUAUUUCAAUUUAUUCCAUCCACAAGAUGUUUCUGGAAACAGAGAUUCUAUUUAGUUGACAACAACAACAAAAAACAACAACAAAAAACAACGCGUUUACUUUACUGUACCUGGAAAAUGUUGUCUCGUUAACGAGUACGCGUGGUGAUGAAGACGAUUCGUCUGGUGAAAAGGGAAGAGUGGGAGAGGAAGGAAACGGAUCAGUCGGUGGCACGACGCGAGAAGUUUGAAGGCGCUCUUCAUGAGAGACACCGGAGAUCGCAAAAUAUGGAGAGCAUCUGGCAUAACCGCCAGCCCUCAGUCACGAGGAAUACACUCGACAGACAGAACGGGUACAUGGAGAGAACUUUCAUAUCCCAGGAUGUCGUGUCAGACAAUGUAUUCUGAACCCUCCACCUCCUAAAGCACUGGUGUUUUUCGCUGUACAAUAGCUCAUCUUAAAGGGUUUGAUAUGAAUACUGUGGUAAAAAUAAGACGCAUUAACCUUGAUGUUGUUGGGAAGUCACCGAAAUACCGUUUAAAAUGUAUUACUCAUGAAAGUAACAACUCAUCAUAUCACACAAUUUGUAUUUAUGUCAUCUACAUACAACAGCGUCACAAGACGUUGUACAUGCGCAUUGCGUGAACAGUGAUAUAUACACAUUAUAUAUUCUAAAGAAGAGACAAUUAGUGAUAGCCAAAGGAGAUGACGAUGGUCUUGAGCCUUGACUUGAACAGGGGCCAUGGAAUCGACAGCACGUCUGGCUGGGAGGAGGAAGUUCCAUAUUGCGGGGGCAACAGAGGAGAGAGAGUGACCUCUAACCUCCAAACAACAAACUGGUUGUUUGGAGAUGGCCUGCGUGGAUCAGGAGGCUAAUGCAGUGCCAGAGCACUGAGCGAGCAGUGCCGAGAUUCUGGGCUCACAUCGAGAGACCGAAAUAAGAAAUGCAUGGAUGACAGAACAAAUUAACAAGGUUAGAGACUUAAUUCAAAGAGGGGUACAUGCACUAUAAUAAAAAAAGGCUCUCUAUUGAACCAGUUCAAUGUUCUCAGCUUAUAUACUAUGGGACCUUUUUUUGCCAGUAUCCAAAAUGAUGAAAAAUAAGAAAUGCCAGAAAGGGUGAAACCUAUUUUUAUGUUUCAUCAUUUUGUUCUCAGCCUGUUUACCAAUUCCUUUACAAACAAACCUUCAUGUAUGGUUUUUACUUACGUUGGUAUAUUUCCAGAUCUGGUCUCUAAAAAAUUAUCGUCACAUGACAAACUCCUUUACAGUAGAGCAUGUGAGACUCUGCACAUUUAUCUGUAAAGAAGACAAUUGUUGGAGCCUCAGUAGUAGUUCUGUGAUAUCCCCUUCCAAGAGGCCAAUUCUCUAAUAAGGGGUUGUGCACUGCUUACUGUGACGGUUCCAAUGGAGAUGUCUUCAUCCCGUGACAUAAUGCCGAUAAUAAUAAUCAUCAUCAGCCAUGACCAAUCCACUGCUGGAUGAAAGCUUUCCUAAGUAGCCGCCGUCUCUUGCGAUCCUGCAAUGUAACAAUCCGCCUAGCAUCUGUACACGAACUGAUUGUGUUGCUCCAUCUCCUUGGCAGACGAUCUCUUAGAUACGUUCCAUUCCUUGGCUGCCGAUUAACCUCACCACAGCGAACUUUACGAAGUUUGAGUUGCGUAUUUAAACUGCGCGUUCUCCAAUCCGCGUGCUCCUCUUUCCAUCUCUCAAUGCAAAUCCAAGAACGCAUAUCCCGGUGCUUCUUUGUGCACUCUUCCGCUUUUUGUUCCACUUCCUAUUCCGUGAACGACCGUGUUUCUGAACCAUGCGUCGUAGCAGGCAGCACGCACUGAUGGAAAUCUUUAUCGUUGUGUGCCGAUGGUAUAAUCGGUGGUAUAUAUAUAUGAAAGAGACACCAAACGGCCGUGACGUGGAAUUCACGGUUGUAGAUGAUGGCCACAAAAGGAGCCUACGGCUCGGCGAGUGUGCCACGCAUUUCCAGGAGCCAGACUGGCCAUGGAGUGAGUUUUCUUGGGCUGGGCUAUGAACACACACACGGUGCCCUCUGUAACUACACAUCCAGCACUGGUGCUUGCUCGUCGAAGCCGUGUUUAGCUAAUGGACGAGCACGUACGGGUGUAAUUACACAGGUAAAAGAUCCUCGGUGUAGAGACGCGCGCGGAGAGUUAUGCGCGGCGCUUGCCCAAUGCCCUUGAGUUUCCUUUUGGCAGCGAUUGGCACAGGGCCACUGAAACUCUUGCCAAAGCACAACGUCAGCCCGUACAUACAAAUGCAAAAAAUACCGUGGCUCUCUAUGGAAAAUAACACCGCGGCAUCGAUAGCAUCAGGCGUGCAUUGGUAAUGAUAAUGCUUCAUGGAAACGGCUGAGGGCCUUUGGGGAACAGAUGUGAACCCACGAACGUGGCUUUCCAUUCACGCACGAGGUGUGCCCUGAGCGAGAAAACCGGAGUGCGUUGUGUCGUUUCACAGAGAGGAAAGAGCACGUGGUACCCGAAGUGAUGGAACAAUCCAUCUAUCCCCUGCACACGGGCUGAUUUCAUCUCUUCGCGCAGGAUAUCUUCUCAGGGAUCCCUGGAGAUGGAUUUGAGGCUUCAUCAGUCCACCGUGGUGCGGGAGGUGGGCGGCUGGGAGGCCCCGGUGUUGGCGCUGGGCGCCCUCGCCAUCGUGCUCGUGGCCGCCGCCAACCUCUGGCAGCUGUGGCGCUCGGGGGCCUCCACGCCGCGGUCCCCCUUCCCCAACUUCGACUGGCGAUACCUGGAGGCCAAGUACGGGCGCGCGUGGCCCUCCGGAGCCCAGAGAUGCCACGCGUCCUCGGCCAAGCCGGCGCAUCCGUCCCGCGAGCACGCGGUGCGGGUGGUGGACGGGGGACCGCCGUACAUCCUGGACCCCGCCGCCGCCGAAGACGACGACGGCACGGACGUCGUCGGCGAGCUGAGCUCCACCGCCCUCGACAGCUCCCUGUCCCGCCGCGGCUCGCUCGGCCGCUACGGCUCCAUGGGCCGCUCCUUCUCGGCCGAGUCCCUCAAUUCGGUGUCGUCAAUCGGCCAGGACUUUGGCUGCUCGGAGGGCCCCGCGGCGCAGCUCGAGGUGUGCGUGGAGAUGGACGCCCACGCGGGCCUUCUCGCCGUCACCCUGCUGCAGGGCAAGGAGCUGGGGGAGGCCGAGGGGGUCCCCGUGCACCGCUGCUUCGUGCAGCUCGGCCUGAGGCCCGGGAACCGCGUGGCGUGCACCUCCAAGGUUCACCACAGCGCCGCGUCCGUGCCGUUCGAUGAGCAUCUCGUGAUGCCGCUGGAUGCGGCCGCUGUGGACGACACGACGCUCGCCUUCACCGCGCUCGGCCUGGACAGCAACGGCCGCCAGUUCAGCAUGGGGACCGCCGAGCUGAGGCUCGGAGACCUGGACCUCCCCGUGCGGCCCUUCAGCACCUGGCUCUACCUGCAGGACUCCAGCCAGGCGGAGUGCUGCGGGGAGGUCCUCCUCUCGCUCAGCUACCUGCCCACGGCGGAGCGGCUCACGGUCGUUGUGGUCAAGGCAAAGGGCCUGGAGUGGCCCCAAGGACGAGAGAGCGGCGCCCCCUUUGUGAAGGUGUACCUCCUGCAGGGCGGCCGCAAGGUGAGCAAGAAGAAGACGGUGACAAAGAGAGACGAGAGGAAUCCCGUCUACAACGAUGCCAUCAUCUUCUCCGUGCCCGCCAGCACACUGCAGGACAUCUCCCUGCGAGUGACGGUGGCUGACCACAGAGAAGGCAUGAGAGCCGAGGACAUCGGCCACGCGGUCAUCGGCCCGCAAAGCUCAGGGGUGGCACUCGCACAUUGGCAGCAAAUGCUGGCCACGCUGCGCAGGCCCGUGUCCAUGUGGCACCCGUUGCGUAAAUCCCACGCGUGAGCCACAGCGCUCAGCCUGGGACAGGCGGCUCCAGCCACCACCCAACCACCCAGCGCCAAGCGCCCACCGUCGUGCAUUCGCACGGCGGGAAGACGCGAUCGCCAAGGGGAGAUACCACCUGCAGCCAGAACGCUGAAACGACAGCAUCUCGCAUCCCACCCCCCCCAUAGCUCGAGAGACUCGCUGAUGAUUCGGGCGCGGGGCCCGGCGGUGUGGGUCGGGAUGGAUUUUGACUGCACGUCGUCGGCGCAACUCAAUCGUUACGGUCCCCUGCCCGACACCCGCGUUGCUCGGUGGGCUUUGCUCACGCCCACGAGCAACGAAGCAGAGACUCACGAAACUCAGCACUUUGUCCCCGGUAAUAAGUGAAGUCCAAUGUGUUAUUGCAAGGGUGUCUAGCCAGGAGUGAGCAAUGAUAUUAGUUCGAACAUUCACGUCCUCGCCAAUACGAUAGAAUAACAUAAAAUAGGACAGAAUCCCACCGGUAACUUUUCAACCUUUGUGGUUUUUUUUUAUUAAGUUUGACUCCAAGGUUACGUAUUUUAUUGAUUUUAAAUAACGUCUCAUCUCAGCUGAUAGCUCAGUGAUGUUAUUCGACAAAGCCCAUUGAAGAUUUCAAGAAUGUAUUGUACCACAGACUUGGUUAAGUGUGACUGGAGGUAAAACGUUCUGUAACAACACUACCUAUAAAUAUGUCCACUUUAAAUGCGAGUUUAGGAUUUAUUCGUUCAUUUGGUAAUUACUUUAUAGUUGAUAACAGAUGGCCCAGUUGUAAUCCUAUAUAAUUAAUAUUUGCUCAUUUCCCCAGUUACCGUUUGUGCAUCUUUCAUUUUCUUCCAUCAGUUACCCUGUGUACAUUACAAUUUACCCCAUUCCAAAUCGUCCAUUUACAUUGCUGUGUAAGUUUUAAUCGGUCACCUUUGCUCCCACUUCUAUCAGAGAAGGAACAACAGGAGACCUUUUGCCUUCUCAUACACGCGGAGCAUUCAAGAACGACAACUCUCACCACUUCACCAAGGUGUUGUCCGGAGUCCACAAGGCAGAGGGCCUCACAGUUUAACGCCGCAUUCGAGCCACGUGAAAUAAAGAAAUGUCCACUCAUUAGCGAGCUAGAGGACAAAAAGCAAGGCAAUUAUUUUACAGUUGCAACUAAGGGAGUGAUAACUUGAAUUCCACGUAUUCCGAGGUACUGUGAUAAGCACGGGUGUGCGCUGCUCCACAACUCCUUUGGUGACAUUCAAUUACACAAGUCAUAGUUUUUUAUCACUUGUAUGCGUUAAUCACAAACAAAGGGACAGAGAAGAGUGCAGUCGUUGGGCAGUGUGCACUCAGCGCAUCGGGCACAACACGAUUGGAAAGAAAACGAUUCAAGUGGCAAUACCCAAAGCCAAAUGAAGUGCACGUGUGCUAAUUUAAUCAAACAACAUUUAAUUAAUUCUCUAAUUGCCAAACACAAACCAUUAUAGCAAUGUGCAGGGUCUGCCUGCAUUCGAAUAUGCAUGAGAACGUCCUCAUUGUGUGUGAAUAAAAUUUUUAAAGAGGGGGCCUAUGCUCAGUACCAUGGUAUAUGCAUGAGAACGUCCUCAUUGUGUGUGAAUAAAAAAUUUAAAGAGGGGGGCCUAUGCUCAGUACCAUGGUCACAUCAUUGUUUUGGUUUCCAGUGGUUAAGAUACAUUUAUCAUUCACCUGCUAAACAGGGAUUUUAAGCAGGGGCUGCAAUGUGACACUGCUAUACCUCUUGCACUGGCACAUCUGAGCCCCAACGGCGUGGGGCUCACGUUGUACGUAUGUAUAUUGAACUUCUUUCGCACCGUGCAUAGCCAUCCAUGCUAAUCGGAGGUAUGCGGGGAAGGACAACAAACGAAGCAGUUCUAAAGAAAGGGUGGUUUUUCACUGGCCAAGAAAACGGACUCUGGCCUCACAGGACAUCUGAAUUAAUCAUUAUGAUCCAGACGUGCGACUCGCGACCCAUUCAUUACGUGUGAUGACUUGGAUCCUCCAGUGGGGAAAAAAACACCUAUAGCGCCUCCUGUAGAUGCGAUGGACAGGCUCGGCAUGGCCCCAGCGUGGCUUGAAUGUGGGAAAAAGAGGUCCAGGGCAGAGCCAGGAUUUUGACUUUGGGGGGGCUGACUUCAAUAUUCUGAGAUAUCCAGUGUUUAUGUUUUCCAAUGGGCGCCACAAAUGUAUAAAACAAAUUUUAUUGGAUUUGAACGCGGAGUUUAUUAAUAAGUCGGAGCCGC